AGCAAAUAAAGCGAGAGAGAAAGAUAUUUAGAAGAUCAGAAAUAUCUAGACAAAGGCAUCCAGCGUGGCACACCCAUUAGGAAUUGGAUUUUGCACUUUUCAUCUUCGCUUUUUCCCUCAUUUCCCUAUUUUGUCCUUCAUCAUCUCCCUUAUUUCCCUUUUUCCCCCCACCGCCUCUUGCCCCACCUCCCAAAUAUCUAUCUUUCCAAUUUUCAUCUCCAAAUUAUCCGACCAUCCCACAAAAAAUCAGAAAAAUAAACUGCUGGUAAUUGGUUGGGAUAAUCAUGAAUUUCUUUAUUUAAAUUUUGUUUCUUUUUUGGGGUUUCUGGAUUUUGUUGGAUUUAGGUAUGGGUGAAGAAGUCAGGAUGAGCGAUUAUGAAAACGGCUCCGGGAGCGGCGCCGGCAGUGGUGACGACGGCAGAGUGUUCGAUUGGGAACUUGGGUUACCGGGAAUCGAUGAUUUGACCCCUCUAUCCCAGAAUUUGAUCCCGCCGGAUCUAGCUUCGGCUUUCCGGAUAUCGCCGGAGCCUUCCCGGAGCAUGGUCGACGUCAAUCGCGAGUCCCGGAAAACUUUAACCUCCAUCCGAGGUGGUGGAGCUAUGGGGAACGGUCACCACUCGCAGGCGGUGUCGUCGUCCAAUAAUUUCAAGAGCUUCAAGUCGUUUAACGAGGACACCACCGCCUCUGCCGCCCGGGUUCGGGACGAAAUGAUGAUUGAUAUCGAUGACGCCGAUCUGACCCGGGAUGGAUCCGAUUCCAGGAAGACCCGAAGGAUAAUGGACAGCAACGGCGGCGCCACUGAAGAAGCUGACUCCUCAGCUGCCCCUAAAAAUUCAGAGAAUUUCGGCGACGACGGCUCCGCCCGGACGUUGAAGCGGCCCAGGCUGGUGUGGACCCCGCAAUUGCACAAACGGUUCGUCGACGUUGUGGCCCACCUGGGGAUAAAAAAUGCUGUCCCCAAAACAAUAAUGCAGUUGAUGAAUGUAGAAGGCUUAACGAGAGAGAAUGUUGCGAGCCAUUUGCAAAAAUAUCGACUUUAUUUGAAAAGAAUGCAGGGAUUAUCGACGGAGGGUCCAUCCCCUUCCGAUCAUUUGUUUGCAUCGACGCCGGUGCCGCAGAGCUUGCAUGAGUCGACUGGCAGUGGGGCUUCAAACGGGCACGUAAAUAGUAAUGGGCACAUGGGGAUGCCGAUUCCGAUGUCUUACCCGCCGCCGGCGGGAGCUCAGAUGAUGCCAGUACCAAUGAUCGGAAUGUCGGGUCCGCCCGGUGGCGGGUUUCAUGGGUACGAGUCUCACCAUCAGCAUCAGUAUAGCAUGGUCCCAAUGCAACAGAGGGACUGGUCUGGAAAUAAGUUUGGGUCCAUUGCCCCAUAUCAUCACCGCGUUGCUCCAAAUGAUAAAUAAUGUUUCACUAUUUGGCUUUUGCUGAGGAGCUGUGUGAAAAGCGCGAGGCGAAGCCAAGAACACAAAAGUUAAUAGUCCUACUCUCUGGUUACCUUUGGGAUCAUGAGCAAACUGAAUGGCUGCAUUGCAAGGUGUUGAUGGCUGGCCGCCAGUAGUCAGAAGUUGCUCGAACUCCACGUAUUUUCGAGGCCUCUCGUCACGUAGUGAUGUCUAUUAUAGUGUCAGAAGUCAAAACUAGUGCAGUAGUCAUGUUUUCUGUGACUUGAUUGUGGCAUCAAUAGUGCCAAGUAGAGACAAUAAUGUCCCUGGGUCAUUCUACUCUGUUUUGCUUAACAUGUUAGUAGUGGAAAAGGGGAUUGAGCCUAACCGUGCAUCUCAUUCUGUGACAGAUGUUAAUUAUGUUGCAUAUUGUACCUCAUCCAAUAGAGUAAAGAAAAAUUUAUCAAGUUUAAUUUCAAUUUAAAUUCUCAUUGUAGCUUGAACGUGGACCCUUUGCUGCCGGUGAAAUUUGAAGGGAUCUAUGGAGAAAACUCGCAGAUGUGACUGGUCACAUUCUGCAACCAUUUUUGUUCAGACAAGCAGUAAAAGCAUAAGUUCCAAAUCUGAUCUGAUGCUUUAAAGUGAGAUUUUGAUCUUGAUGAAAAUCGCCUGGCUGCAGCAAGUUGUUAGUAUAUUCUUAGCCUGUUAUUAAUUGAUCAAUGAGGUUCAAUUGUGUUAUUGACGGCUGUAUUUUCCUUUACAGCAACUGGAUCAAGAAUCAAUAAUAGAACUAGGCAAAUCCAUGCCAGCAGCUCUGGCAUGUUAGUAUUCAACACUUCCUCUCUUUUAACUAUUUUCUUGUGCUUCAUGAAAAACUUUGUAGACUCAAUGCAUGAUAAGCUUGUUUUUGAAAUAUUUCAAGUUCUGACUUAAAAGCACGACAUCACAACUUGUUUUCCUGACAUGGUAAACUUUUCUUUCAGUUGCAAUACCAGGAAGAUUGUCCUGGUUGACAAUCAUAUUGUCCAGCUUGACCACAUAAGAGUCUAUCGACAAUGUUUGCUGGAAUUUAGAGUAAUUUCAUGUGUAAUUUUGUUUAAUAUGUGUGCUUAAGAUGCAGUUUGCAUUUCUUUUUUUUAUUGUGCAAACUGCAAACCAAUUUGUCGACCUAUCCUUUCUCAGUACAAAAACUUGACGUUACCCAGGAAAGUGCAAAAUUGAUGUUGCUCUCGAAGCUUUCUUCUCUUUAUAGAUGUCACAGGACAGAGGUGGUUGAACUUCGAAGACUUACUGAGCCUAUUUACUAGUUCUCAGGGUCUUAGGCAAUAGUGUCUUGACAAGAUAAAAGUGGCCAACAUUUUAUUUAAUAUAUAGCAUUUGAUCAGACAGCAAGUGAUGAAUAAUACAGGGGUUCUUGAAAAUUCAGAAUCAAAUAGGGCGCUGCAAUGAUGCUGUCCUGAUUUUGUAACAGGACACCAUUGUUCAUUUCUUUUUGUAACUGUGGAGUACCUGUGUAGUUUACUAAAACUAGGUUGGCACCUUGGGCUAAAAAUUUACUGAGUAUUUAUGGUUGGAUCAUGAGAGCCAACUUGCUUGCUUGUGCGUAUCAUACCACAUCUAUCCAACUACAACCAGGAUAUUUUUCCAAUUUCCUUUUCUUCAUAACCUUCUUCAACUUUACAACUUUUCCCCACCGACUUGAACCAGAGUAAAGAUUGGACAAUAACAAGCUGCUUCCUCGACUCUCAGGCUCAAGCUUUACCAAAUGAUCAGCUGCAAUCUCAGCAAGAUGCACAUUGUUGUGCUGCUUGCAUGCCCCUAAUAAUGCUCCCCAAACAAACAGAUCCGGUUUCAUCGGCAUACUCUGGAUGAAAUCAUAGGCCCGGUCGACCUGUCCUGCUCUUCCUAGAAGAUCCACUAUGCAAGCAUAAUGCUCUAAUCUUGGUUCAAUGCCAUACUUUUCUUGCAUUACCUGGAAUAAGCUUUCUCCGUGCGUUACCAUCCCAGCAUGACUGCAAGCAGUCAAAGCAGCGGUAAAAGUCAAGUGAUCGAGCUUUGUAUCUGCCUGACGUAGCAUAUUAUCGAAAAGUUCUAUUGCUAUUUCACAAUGUCCAUGAUUCGCAUAGCCGAAAAUCAUAGAAUUCCAAGUAGCCGUGCUCCUUUCUGGUGUGCUCUUAAACAGAGCCCUUGCCUCAGUAAUAUACCCGCAUUUGGCAUACAUGUCUAUGAGAGCACUCCCAACGAAUGUAUCUUUGUCCAUUCCCGUCACGACAGCACAUCCGUGUAUCUCUUUUCCUCGUCUCAAGUCUGCUACAUUUGCGCAUGCAGGUAAUAAACCACUAAUUGUGACUGUAUUUGGACGCAUCCCAGAACCCAACAUCUGCCUAAAGGUAUCAAAAGCCUCUUCAUUGCGAAAAUUCUGCACAAAACCAGAAAUUACAGAUGUCCAGGACACCAUAUCAGGUUCCACCCCAUCCUCGCGCAUCAACUGGAAUGUUCGAGAGAUCAUUAAUUCAUCAUUUUCUUGCGAAAACCCUGCAAUGAUCGUAUUCCAGGUGAUCAAAUCAAGCUUCAUUCCUAAUAUCUUCAUUUCUUGAACCAGAUUCAUUCCAUCCUUAACCAUACCAUUUUGGACAUAGCCGGAAACCAUUGCAUUGAGUGCAACCAAAUCUUUGUUCACCAUACCGUCAAACACCCUCUUAGCCAUCUUAAUCUCCCCACAUUUUGAGUACAUGUCAAUCAACGAGCUUCCCACAAACACAUCCGAUUCGAACUCAUUUUUCACAGCUAAACAAUGAAGGAUCUUCCCGGUACGUAAAUCAGAGAGGUGACCACAAGCUUUGAGAAGACUGGGAAGCACAAAUUCACUUGGCUUUAGCCCUUCCUUCUGCAUUUUGAAGAAAACAUCCAGAGCUUCUUGGUAAUAUCCAUUGCGAGCAUAGGCGCCAAUGAGUGCGAUCCAACGGCGAACAUUUUUCACGGGAAUUCCGUCGAACAGCUUCUCGGCAUAACUAAGGUGUUUGCACCCAGUAUAGAAAGCUAUGAGCUUGGAGGCAAAAUGAGGUUUCCGAGCCAACCCCUUGACAAUAAGCUGAGCGUGAACAGCUUUACCGGACUGCAGGUCUCGAUAGUGAGCAAAUUUCUCGACCAAAUUAGUGUAGCCAUCCGAUGAGGAAUGAAAGGGGCGGCGGAAAGAGAAAUUUAGGGGAAGUAUUCCAUCAAGUUUCCUAAUUGGGAUGUUAAUAUUAGGAGUUCUGAACAUGUGAAUUACUACUCUGCAUGGUCAAGUUGAGCUUUUUUUUUUAUAUAGGUUGAAAAAUAAUCUUUUAGAAAAAUAGACUCUAGUUUUAUUUUUUCUUAUUCUUAUCCAAAAUUGUAACGACGAACCCAGAAGCUUAGAACACCUCUAACACACUUACAGAGCGAAAAGGGUCAAUCCAUUGUACAUUUGUCAAACUUGAGAUUGAAGCCCAUAAUUAGUCAACUAUACUUCUGUCAAAAGAAAU